AAGGAUUUCAAAAAAACAUAACCUUAAGGUAGAUUGCAGAAAACUGUCACUAUUUGAUGGAAUCUCUUUGGAACACUAAUAAUUUCCUACCUGCCUUUUUUUUUUUUUUUACCUACCUUUGCCUAGAAUCAGCUGCAGGCUCGCUCCCCACGUCUGACCUGUGACGGUGCCCCAGCCAGAGACCAGGGCACACUGAGCACCUGCUGUAGCAUCAACUACCUCAUUUUCCACCAGGGUGAUCAGAUCAUCUUUACAGCCACCUUUGAUGUCUCUUCAAAGGCUAAUCUGGGAGACCGGCUGCAUCUGAUGGCCAAUGUGAGCAGUGAGAAUAACACUCCCAGGACCAGCAAGACUACCUUCCAACUAGAGCUCCCGGUGAAGUAUGCUGUCUACACUGUGAUCAGCAGCCAUGAACAAUCCACCAGGUACCUCAACUUCUCAGACUCAGAGGGAGAAGAAAGCAGCAUGGCCCAGCAUAGAUACCAGGUGAACAACCUGGGACAGAGGGUCCUGCCUGUCAGCAUCUACUUCUCAGUGCCUGUGGAGCUGAACCAGGUGGCUGUGUGGAAGGAGAUAGAGGAAGCUGGAGUCUCAGCCUCUCAGAGUGCUGUGACUUUCUCUGGCAUCCAGUCCCAUUAA